AUCUUCUUUCUUUGAUAUCGAUAAAGAACCAUUUCAAAUUUUGUGAAAGUUAGAAUAGAAGUUGAGGUUAUGUUAUUGUAAUAUUGUAACUUUUCAUCUAUUAUUCGGAUUAGUAAUUAUUCAGAAUUGUAGUAUUGUAUCUGGGUUAUAUGGAAAUUUUAUAGGAUAAUUGUAUCAUAGUCAUAUUAGAUUUGGUAAAAUCAGGAUGUUUUCCAAUUUGGCUUCCCGUUUCUUCCAUACGACUUCUACUUCUAGUCAGCUUAUCAAGUUGACUCGUCUGAGAGUGGUCGACAACAGUGAGAUUGGUAAACAGGCCAUGCUGGAAGGAAAGCCACCUCGUAUCAUACACAUCUAUAAUAAAUCAGGUGUCGGAUACCUUGGAAAUAAAGUGCUGGUAGCAAUCAAAGGCGAGAAGAAGAAGGGCGUGAUAGUCGGUUGUAAAAAGCAUCAGAUCCCCCGUGCGCCGAAAUUCGACAGCAAUAAUGUUGUGCUAAUAGACGACAGUGGCACUCCCUUGGGCAACCGCAUACACGUCCCUAUUCCUCUAAUGUUGCGGACCAUGCUCAAAGAGAGAUCAUACAAGAAGGGAACCGAUUAUACAAAAUUAUUGGCUAUUGCCACACGCUUUGUUUGAAGUUACAUCAUAGUCAUUAUUUGUAGUCUACUGAAUCUGUUUAAUAAAAUAUUUAUUUGAUAACA